AUGGUUCUCCUCGUCACCUCCGAUAACGAGCAAUUCGUCGUGGAUAAGGAGGUCGCCGAGCGCAGCGUCUUGAUCAAGAACAUGCUCGAGGAUGUUGGUGAGAGCGAUCAGCCUAUUCCACUGCCCAAUGUGUCGUCCAGUGUCCUGAAGAAAGUCUUGGAGUACUGCGAGCACCACCGGGGGGAGCCUCUGCCAACUGCGGAGUCUGAGCAAAAUCAGGAUGAGACCCGCAAGCGGACAACUGACAUCAGCGAGUGGGACCAGAAGUUUAUCACUGUCGACCAGGAGAUGCUGUUCGAGAUUAUCCUUGCCGCCAACUACCUUGACAUCAAGCCCCUCCUUGACGUCGGAUGCAAAACUGUGGCGAACAUGAUCAAGGGUAAGACACCUGAGGAAAUUCGCAAGCUGUUCAACAUCGUCAAUGACUUCACGCCGGAGGAAGAGGCUCAGAUCAAGAAGGAGAAUGAAUGGGCGGAGGAUCGCUGA